CCCGCGCCAGGCUAUCAGCUACUCCCCAGUAAAUUUUGCACCAAAAUUUAAGGAUGAAACUCCACUGCGUCGGUAAACGGUCGUCGUCCCCCUUCCAUCUCACCCCAUAUUUUAUCAGGUAAAUCCCGGCCCCGGCGACAUUGCCGACGUCGAUCUCCGGCGAACAGAAGCGGUGAUCGGAUCAUCAAUCCAUUAACAGCAGGAUAUUUUUCUUCUAGGUAUAGAAUUAAGAUUGAGAGGUUGAGAAAUGAAUUCGAAUUACGGGAAGUGGAAUGCCAAAUCGGGUUCUAUGAACAAUUCCGAGUUGGAUAUUGGGCUGGGCUCCGGGCGUUCCCGAUCUCUCAAUGAGCAAAAGAAUCAGACCUCGUCCUAUUCGUCUUCUUCGCAUACAAGGCCUCAUUCGACUGCAUCUUGGACCCACCAGGGGAACAAUAACAAGUCGUCCUGGACUCACCAGCCUGUUGGAUCAUUGUCUGGACCGAGGUCAUUGGUUGGGGAUAUCUCUGGGAAGAGUUGGGGGUCUUUGCCCCCUGCAAAUGCUGCCAAUGUUUCGUGUGGCGUGGGUUUGGUGAACAAGGAUCCUAAUUUGUUUGGUGACUUGUUGAACUCGGCGUUUGGUAACAAGGGCGGUAGCAAUGUGCCCCUGAAGAGUUCUGCGUCUUCUCUGAAUAAGAAUUCGUUUUCAAUGGGGGGUGUGGCGGAGUCCUUGCCAAAAACAAGUAGCACUAUCAAGAGCGGUGGAAUUUGGGGAUCUAACCAGAAUUUUGGAAGCUCUAGCAGUAGUGGAUAUAAUACUAAUGUUGGUAGUGGCAAUGUGAAUGCGCGUGGUGCAAAUAUUACAAGUUCUGGGCUUGGAGGGCCACCAAUGAGUAGUAAGGUUGGGGGCAGCGGUGGAAUGGGAGCAAAGGACCCGUUUAGUACUUUGGUUGAUUUUGGCUCAAAGCCAACUCCCGGUGUGAGCUCGGGGAGUCAUGUGGAUGAUGCAUUCGGAGAUUUUCAAAAUGGUUCAAAGUCUCCGUUGCCAUUCUCGUCAAAUACUUUCCCCUCUAGUAACACUGCUUCAGCUCCAUCUAGCGCAAACACUUCUCAUAUGAAGGUGGAUGACUAUGGAUUUUCUAAUACCCAGAGUACGACAUCUGCGCAGCCGACCACGGGUGGUAUGGAUUUUGAUUCUCUUUUCCAGUCAUCUACGACCUCGUUUGAGGAAUCUCCUGGGGAGAGCCAGCCUUUUUCAGGGGGUAAUGAUUGGGGCUUCGAGUCUGAGUUUGGAGGAAAUGAUUCUGGUGGGACAACCGAGCUUGAAGGGCUUCCACCGCCACCUUCUGGCCUUAGUGCUUCAACUGCAAAGAGCAAGGGCAUGGAUAAUUAUAAGCAAGGACAAUAUGCCGAUGCUAUAAAAUGGUUAUCAUGGGCUUUCAUUCUUCUGCAGAAUGCAAGUGAUAUAGCUGGGACUGAAGAAGUGUUGUCGUGUAGGGCUUCAUGUUACAAAGAAGUUGGAGAAUACAAGAAGGCUGUGGUUGACUGUACAAAGGUGCUAGAACGUGAUGGAACAAAUGUAUCUGUCCUUGUACAGCGAGCCCUAUUGUAUGAAAGUAUGGAGAAGUACAAGCUUGGAGCUGAAGACUUGAGAACUGUUAUGAAACUCGACCCAGGUAACAGACUUGCGAGGAGUACCAUUCAUCGCUUGGCUAAGAUGGCGGCGGCUGACUAGAGAAGCUUCACAGAAUUACUCCACAGCUAUCCCUUUUGUUUACAGAUAUAUCUGCUGAUAUACUGUAUAUUAUUUCCUUCUUGCAUCAUAGUAAUUUUUCUCUAUUCUUCUUCUGUGUGUGUUUUUACCUGUAUUUUUUUACAGACAAUUUCUCUUAUUGCAAACUGUUCUAUCUUCAUUGGUACAAAGUGCUUGGAGAUCUCUCAUUCUCAUACAUACUUGUGAACUUUCUCUAUGUGAAUUAAUGUUAUUCACAAUU